UCGGCAAAAAAUAAUAUUAAGCACCAACAAUGUGCAAAUGAUUAAUUCAAUCCUAAAAUCGACAAAAGGAAAACCAUGUACUUGUCCAUCAGGCAAGAUAUGUUUACAUUGCAAGCCAAAAAAUGACCAUUCACGUGCAGAAAAAAAAUACAAGCAAAACCCAAUCACUGUACAAUUUUUGAAGAAUUCAAGGGGAUGGAAAAUCCGUAAAUGGCAAAAAUAUGAACCACAACCUCCAAAGUCAACUUCAAUUUGCCGAUGGUAUAAAAGACGAAAAGCUUUAAAACAAUUGAUUAAAGAACACGAAAAGGAGAAAGAAAUAUUAAGGCAGAGGAAACGCGAGGAGUGUGAAAGAGAACGUAUGAUAGAAUUAAUCAAUUGGGAACAAAAAAAACAGCAAAAGUUGAGCUCAUUACCACCUUCACUGAAAACAUUUAAAUGGGAAAAAACGACAACACAAUUAUUACCACCGCAUCCAAAGAAACUUAAACAUAUAAAAAACAAAGCCGCGAUUGUAAAACCUCGUGCGCAUUCUAAAUAUGCAUCCGUCAAGCAGCACAACCCAAGAGAUUCCAUAACUGUGAGAUUCGUCAAUUAUUGCUACCGUUUUUGUUGUCAACUCUAUUGCUAUCUCACUUGCAUUUUUAUAAUCACAUUUAUUAUUAUAUUUAUUGUGUAAUAUUUUAAAUAAAACCA